UGCUACAAACAGUAUAGGGUUCUGCCUGGGGCAAUCCCUUAAGGAAUGUGCAGCGAUGGAGCUUUUGGAUGUGUGGGAUGGAAUUCUGGGUAGAGGACCCAGCCUGGACAAAGGCUCAGAGGCCAGAGUGCACUGUGUGUUUGAUGUGGCCGGAAAGAGGAUGCAUGGGUUGAGGUGGAUAGAAGAGGUGAGAUUGGACUGGGUUUCACUGGCGCUCUGCAGGGUCUGCUUGCUCUCAAUGGACUCUUGGCUGUUUGCCAGCUCAGAUCAGGUCGCCUCCUCCCAGGCUUCAGCUACGAGAAAGGGAGUCAGAGCUGGAAGGGAUCUCAGCAGAUCACCCUCCCCCAGCUUUACACCCGGAGGAACUGAAGCCCCCGAGGGGGAUGUUACCUGCUGUUAGAAAGUGGCAGAGUGGAUACUAAACCCCAGCUUCUCGAAGCUCACACCUGAAGGGCCAGAUCGUUCGCCCACCCUGGACUGAAAGAGCCUUCGGGGGCGAGGGAGGGUGGGCCUAUCAAUGGGCACCACUUGGAAGGCAGUGUUUUCCCCUCUCCCCUGAAGUAUUGACGUGAAGCUUACCCCCUCCCCCACACCUCUUUCCUUCUAUUUACUUGGGCUUGUGGUUUGCUUUCCCAGGGGACUAAUGAGUCUUAACUGGGGCAACAUCUUAUAGUACAAAGGCCCUGAAGAGGUUUAAUGAUUUGUGUGUCACUCAUUCAUUCGCAAAUAUGUGCCACGGCCUGAAUUUGGGGAUACAGUAGCUCACAAAUUAGACAGAAAUUUCUCCUUUCAUGGGUUUAUAUUAUAAUGGGGGAAGCAGACAAUAAACCUAAUAAAUGUAUAAAUAUAGCACACGCCAAUGGUGAGAGGUGCUGUGGAGAGAAGCAAUGCAGGCAGGUGGGUAGGGAGGGUAUUUCCUUGGUUGGAGCUUGACCGGCUCAGAGGGCCCUGAAUAAAGGGGGCCCUACCACCUCUAGAUCGUUGGCCACCAAAAUUUAUUCUCUGAUCUUUUGCUUUGGAGGAAUAAUAGUGAUGGUGAUGGUAUUAUUUGCCAGUGCCAGGGGCUUUUUACAUCUUAUAUUUAAUCAUUAUAAUAACCCUGCAGGGCAGUUCAUACCCCCAUUUUGCAGGUGAGGAAACUGAGGCACAAGAAAGUUAAGUAACCUAGCUCACACAGCCAGAAAGUAGCUCAGCCAUGGGCCAGUGGCUCUGAGGUCCAUAGGUUGCAUCUGUGAGGCCCAGAAAGCCCCAAAUCCUCUCCUGUAUCUGGAAAGCCACAUGAAAUUUAUCUGGAAAAACAAAGUGAUGCCAGGCCUGUCUGUCACCUAAACACAUCGUAGCCUUCCUUGCCAAGACACCGGCCACCUGUCCCUGGAUACACAGAGGGGCUGGGUCUGGACAUUCGCACUGGACCAAACUUGCAGGAUGGGGGUUUGGCAGCAAUAAAAUCUCAAAUUACAUACUCUGUCCUGAUUAUGAAAAAAACCAGCAGAUAGAUAGCUGUCCCUUGUGCUCAUGUGUCUAAGCCUUCCUGGAAGAGGGACAGGCAUCUGUUAAUCUGGGGAUUUUCAGUGUCACUCAUGGAAGCCGAGUUUUGUGAAUUCCCCUCUGUGCUCAGCUUUGAGCCUGCUGGGAGUUGUGGUGGAUCAGUAAGGGUCAGGUGUGGCCAGCGCCCGCAAAGAGCUUGUGGUCCAGCCAAAGAGACUAGCUGUCUUCACAGGCCAAGAGCAGUCAGGGUGACGGCAGCAUAGGGGGCCAGUAAGAUAAGCCCUGGACCACAUCACCAGGCCUGAGUCCUCCUGGCCUGGCCUCCAACCCUCUGAGCCCUCCGCUGCCUAUGAGAGGGGCUGGCAGCGGGGCUCAGAGGUUCCCUCUAGUCUGAGACUGUCUGAGAUGAAGGUGCAGCGAUGAAGAUGAAAAGCGUGCGGAGACCACAGAGAAGUCACAUCGGAGUGCGCCCCAGAGCCGGGAGGCGAAAGAUGGUUAGGAUUUGGGGAUGAGGAGAGAAGAGGUGGAGGGGCAAGGACAGGGAAGCCAGGUGCACAUGCCCAGUGCAGUGAGUGGCUCAGUAAACCCUGGCUGCCUCCUUCCCUGGACAGAGCCGUGGAGAAGACAGUUGUCAGCUUCGGUGGGAAUGAAUGCCAUUCCCUUCCUUCCUCGGGAGCAGCAGUUGGAGUCAUGGAAACUGGAUGACGGGGCAUCUCUCGGAUCUCUCGGUGGAGGGGCACACACCUGGCUCCUGUGGAUGGUCUUGCUGAUGCUCUCCGGGUUCUGCCGGGUCCCAGUCGUGUGGACGCUCACGUUAGAAGGAGAAGCAGCCUGUCUGGGGAAGUCCCUGACAAUGAGAGGGCAGGGAGGCACCCCCCCCCCUUUCUGAGCUGGGAGUCCAUCUGCCUGGGAGAGGCUGUUCCCUGCUCCUCCUUGUGCAGUGUGAGGGGCCGUCCCCCCUCAUCCUGCCCCCCUUUUUGUCCCCCCAGUGCUUCCCCUGGAGAGGCAGCUGCACGAGGCUGCCCGCCGGAACCAUGUCGGAAGGAUGAAGGAGCUGAUCGGGAGGAGGGUCAACGUCAGGGCCAGAAACCACGUGUGUACAGGGGCACCGGCUGGGGACAGUGCCAUGGUGUUACCACCACUUGGGAGGGACAAUUUACAGAGUCCAAGGCAGGCACACUGGCACCUGUUAACCCUGGGGAGGCUCAGGCUCUGUCCUUCUUGCCUGCAUUGUCUCAAGGUCUCUGAGGCCCAAAGUCACGGUCAGGAUUCCAACCAGGCUUGGGCACUUCUAGAACUUGCAACUCUUAAUCCCUGUGAUCCAUCCAGAAGGCUCCCCCAAGAAACAGAGGUUAGGGUCAGGAGGGCAGGGGGUCAGAGUUCAGGAGUCAGAGGCUGGCAGAGAGGCAGAUAGGGGCAGGCACCUGGAGAGACAAAGAUGGAGUGGUGCCUGCGGUCAGAAGUCCAGGGGUUUGGGACCAAGAGAGGUUGAGCACGUGUGAAGCAGCAAUUUAGUUCAGUUCUCUGAGGGCCCGCUGUGCCUGGUGACUGUGUAAAGCUGCUAUUGGCCCAGGCCUGAUCUGAGGGCUCAAAGCCCAGGCAGGGAGGCAGACCAGGCCCCGCAAACCAAGCCUCAGGUCUGCUCGUGGGGUGGUGCAUAGCCUUUUGGAGAAGGGAACAAAGGGAAAAGCCAUUCUGCCCGGGGUAGCCCCUCCCUAAUCUGGGGCUUCUAGCUGUCAGGAGCGUCUUAGAGGAGAUGCCAGGGCCUGGGUGAGAGGCCAGUGGGGGCUGAAAGUGCUGAAUGCGAGAUUCCUGACUGCAGCAGAGGCUGCUCUGUCUGGUUUGGUGUGACAAGGGUAUGUGACCUGGGUCUUCAGAGCCCGCUGGGGGCUCAGUAAUAGCGGCAGGAAUUCUGGGGUAUGCCUGGUGUGUUUUAGUUUUCAGAGCACUCAUCCACCUGUUUCCCACUGGUCCCCACUCACCCCUGGAGAGGUGAGCAGGGCAGAGAGGAUUAGUCCUGUUUAUAGAAGGGUGCAGGCACAGAGAGGGCAGCUGUGACCCCCUAGGUCACACAGCACAUUAUUGGUGACUGGAGCCUUAGUCUCAACUCCUGGGCAGGCACUGGCAAGGAAGCAUGGACUUGGAGGAUGAUGGGAUGCUAAUACCAGAUUCAUUCAUUUAUUUACUCAUUGAAUGAUUCAUUCAUUCAUUCAGUAUUUAUUAAGGGCUUCCUCCGGUCGGCACUGUACUCGGUGCUGAUGACAGUAGAACCCAUGGCAGACGUGGACCCUGCCCCCUUGGAGCUGGUGGUCUCGUGCGGGAGGACAAACAUUAAACAGAAUAUCUCACAAACAAUUCAUUCUCACUGGCACAAUUUGAGAGCAUGUAGGGAUCGGAGGGUCCUGCCCCACCAGAAGGCUUCCCGAGGAAGUGACAUUUUUGCAGGAGCCAGUGAAGAAGGGCAGUGGCCCAGGCAGAGGGACAGCACCAGCAGAAGGAGGGCACAGCUGGUCCCCAGAGGAACCACACAGAAAAUCCGUGUUUUCUUUCGUUGUCUCUUCACUUGCUGAAAACUAUGAGGGAAGUGGGUUCCUGGGGCAGAGGCUGGCUUCCCCUGGGCCUGCUCAGAUGCGCUGAGGGCCAGAGACCAGGGUGAACUGCCAGGCUGGCUUGACAAUGAGGUGGGGAGUCAGAAUCCUCCAGCCCGGUUCUGAAGAAAAGAGGGGACAGAACCCAGGUACUCAGGGUUCCUCGGGGACUUGGAGAAUAGCCCUCAGACGCAAGUGGCUGCCCAUCAGAGGGAGCAGCAGGAACAAAGACGUAGAUGUGGAAAGUUGUUUGGCAUUUCUGAGAAGCAGUGGCCGGCAGUGCUGGGCCCCAUGGGGCCUCGUACCCAGGGUUAGGAGUUUGACCCAAGAGCAGUGGGAAGCUGUGAAGAGUUUCAGGUGGGGGACAGAUGAAUCUAGACAUGGCAUUUUACUGUGUUCAUUUCAGCUGCUGCGGCGUGGAAGAGGAGGGGGCCCGAGUGGGGCUGGGGCUCCAGCCAGCUGGUCAUCGGAGCCAGCAAAGGCCCUUCCACCCUGCAGACCAGCUGUCCUGGCCGGGAGGUAGAGAGGGUUGGGAGGUGGGCCAGGCAGCAAGCUGGUGCCACACGGUUUCCCCUCCCUCCUACCAGGUGGGCCGAGUGGCCCUGCACUGGGCUGCGGGCGCAGGGCAUGAGCAGGCGGUGCGGCUGCUCCUGGAACACAAAGCUGCUGUGGAUGACGAGGAUGUGUCAUGAAGCUCUCUUCAUUUUCAAGGGCCUUUCAGUUCUCAGAGAACCUUUUUAGUCCCUCGUGAUGCUGUGUGAACAGGGAGAGAUACAGGCUGUAGAACAGGUAAUUGGGUGGCUGGGGAAUGUCAUCGGGACGGAGGUCUCUUAUGAUAUGCCACAGGGCUCUGUCCUGGCAAGGCAGACACGCCUCACACUCUCCUCACUUCCUGCCUCGUGUCCUCUCCCCCAGUUUGGUAUGAAUGCGCUUCUCCUGUCUGCCUGGUUUGGCCACUUACGGAUCCUCCAGAUCCUGGUCAACUCUGGGGCCAAGAUCCACUGUGAGAACAAGGACGGUCUGACCUUACUACACUGUGCAGCCCAAAAAGGCCAUGUGCAUGUGCUGGCAUUCAUGAUGGAGGACCUGGAGGACGUGGCCCUGGACCAGGCUGACAAGCUGGGAAGGACCGCGUUUCACCAGGCUGCGGAGCACGGGCAGCUGGAUGCUCUGGACUUCCUUGUGGGCUCUGGCUGUGACCACAGUGUCAAAGACAAGGAAGGGAACACGGCCCUUCACCUGGCCGCCCGCCAGGGCCACCUGGCUGUGCUUCAGCGACUCGUGGACGUCAGGCUGGACCUGGAGGAGCAGAAUGCGGAAGGUCUGACUGCCCUGCACGCAGCUGCUGAACGGAUCCACCCCGACUGUGUGCAGCUCCUCCUCAGGGCUGGGAGCAGCGUGAACGCCCUCACCCAGAAAAAGCAGAGCUGCCUCCACUACGCAGCCCUCGGUGGCUCUGAGGUCAUGGCCCGGGCCCUCAUCCACGCAGGAGGCUGCACCAACGUGGCUGAUCGUCAGGGCGCCUCUCCUCUGCACCUCGCUGUGAGGCACAACUUCCCAGUCCUGGUGCAGCUCCUCAUCGACUCCGGCAGUGACCUGGACGCCACUGACCAUAGGCAGCAGACACCCCUGCACCUUGCUGCAGAGCACGCCUGGCAGGACAUAGCAGAGAUGCUCCUCGUUGCUGGGGUUAACUUAAACCUGAGAGAUAAGCAAGGAAAAACUGCCCUGGCAGUGGCCGCCCGCAGCAACCACGUCAGCCUGGUGGACAUGAUCAUAAAAGCUGAUCGCUUCUACAGGUGGGAGAAGGACCGCCUCUCGUGCAGGGACCCCAGUGACCCCUGUGGGAAGAGCUUGACUUUUAAGCAGGACCAUCAGCAGGAGACGCAGCAACUCCGCUCCGUGCUCUGGCAACUGGCCUCCAGGUACCUGCGGCCCCAUGAGUGGAAGAAGCUGGCUUAUUGCUGGGAGUUCACUGAGGCCCAUGUCCUUGCCAUCGAGCAACAGUGGACAGGCACCAAGAGCUACCGGGAGCACGGCCACCGGAUGCUGCUCAUCUGGCUGCAUGGCGUGGUCACGGCUGGUGAGAACCCCAGCAAAGAGCUAUUCGAGGGCCUCGUGGCCAUUGGCAGGAGGGACCUGGCUGAGAGCAUCAGGAAGAAAGCAAACGAUGACCCGAGUGCCCCAAGGAGGUGCACAGCCAUGUAACUAGAGGGGCUGGACCUGCAGGAGCAUGGGACCUGAAAGCAGGGGCCACUGAAAAGAGGAUCGCCAUGUAAGGGCUUUAAAAAAAAAAAAAUCACUGUAAA